CCACCAUCAUCCAAAGAAUCCCUUCCCAUUACUCCGCUACUGGAACCACCUACAGCCAUGUCUUCCAACGCAAUAAUCCGCUCGAGAACUCUUCGCACGGUAGUCAACGCGGUGCAAAAACUCUACCCACAAGCACUCGCGGACAGAACCUGGGAUAACACAGGCCUUCUCCUCGAGGCCCCGGACCGAACCGACCGCUCCUCUCCCGAAGCCCACAAUGUCCUCCUAACCAUCGACCUCACAAAAGCCGUAGUAGACGAAGCAAUCUCACUAAGGUCUUCCGUGAUAGUGGCCUACCACCCGAUAAUAUUCCGCCCUUUGAAAUCACUCACACUAGCCAAUACACAACAAGAAAGCCUCCUGAGGUUGGCACAGGAAGGCAUCAGUGUGUACUCCCCACAUACAGCUGUUGACGCUAAGAUCGGGGGUGUUAACGAUUGGCUGGCGGAUGGGAUUUCUGGCGGGAGGGGGGAGGAGAGUGGAAGGGUGGUUAUUGAGGGGAUCAAGGACGACUCGGGAAUGGGCCGUAUAAUAACGCUCAAAGAGCCAAAAGGGUUCCAAGAGCUCGUGAACAGAGUGAAGGGGUUUUUGGGAUUGAAGAAUGUUAUGGUCGGAAAAACCCCGGGAGACAAACGGGUCCGCACGAUAGCCAUAUGUGCCGGCUCUGGCGCUUCCAUGUUCAAGAACGUCGACGUGGACUUGCUAUUCACGGGGGAACUCUCGCAUCACGACGCACUCGCGGCAAAGGAGCGGGGGGUUGGGUUUAUUACAUGCUUCCAUACAAAUACUGAAAGGGGCUUUCUGAGAGAUGUUAUGAAGAGGAAGUUGGCUGAGGUUCUGGAAAGCGAAGUAGAGAGGGAGGGGGAGUUUGAGGUUGUGGUUAGCGAGAGGGAUAUGGAUCCUUUUGAGAUUGUUUAGGCUUCUGGCGGUGGUGGUGGAUGGGAUGAAGCAAAGUACUGUACAAGAGGAGAGGGUGUAAUAAAAGCUCCUGGACGGUGAAUUGUUG